AUGAAGGCUCCUUCUAAUGGUUACUUGCCUAAUUCUGGUGAAGGAGGGGAAAGGAAGACCAUCAAUUCAGAGUUAUGGCAUGCUUGUGCCGGGCCAUUGGUUUCUAUACCUCCUGUUGGAAGUCUUGUUGUUUACUUUCCUCAAGGACACAGCGAGCAAGUUGCAGCAUCAAUGCAAAAGGAGGCAGAUUUCAUACCAAGUUACCCUAAUCUUCCAUCCAAGUUGAUUUGCAUGCUUCACAAUGUUGCUCUUCAUGCUGACCCUGAAACCGAUGAGGUCUACGCUCAGAUGACCCUUCAACCUGUAAAUAAAUAUGAUAAGGAAGCAAUGUUGGCUUCAGACAUGGGUCUAAAACAAAACCAACAACCUACUGAAUUCUUUUGCAAAACUCUAACAGCUAGUGACACUAGCACUCAUGGUGGUUUUUCAGUGCCUCGUCGAGCUGCCGAGAAAAUAUUCCCACCUCUGGACUUUUCAAUGCAACCACCAGCUCAGGAAAUAGUUGCCAAAGAUUUGCAUGAUACUACAUGGACGUUUAGACAUAUUUAUCGCGGACAACCAAAGAGACAUCUAUUGACUACUGGUUGGAGUGUCUUCGUUAGCACGAAAAGACUCUUUGCCGGAGAUUCUGUUCUUUUUAUCAGAGAUGAAAAGCAGCAACUUCUUUUAGGUAUAAAGAGAUCCAGUAGACAGCAACCAGCACUAUCUUCAUCAGUUAUAUCGAGUGACAGCAUGCAUAUUGGCAUUCUUGCUGCUGCGGCUCAUGCUGCUUCGAAUAACAGCCCAUUUACUAUAUUUUAUAAUCCAAGGACCAGCCCGUGCGAAUUUGUGAUUCCAUUGGCCAAGUAUAAUAAAGCCCUGUACACUCAUGUUUCCCUUGGAAUGAGAUUCAGAAUGAUGUUUGAGACCGAGGAUUCGGGAGUACGUAGAUAUAUGGGCACAAUCACUGGGAUUAGUGACUUGGAUCCUGUUCGAUGGAAAAAUUCACAAUGGCGCAAUCUUCAGGUUGGAUGGGAUGAAUCAACAGCUGGUGAACGUCCAAGCCGAGUUUCGAUUUGGGAUAUUGAACCAGUUGUGACUCCUUUCUACAUUUGCCCGCCUCCGUUCUUUAGGCCUAAGUUCCCCAAACAACCAGGGAUGCCAGAAGACGAGUCAGAAAUAGAAAAUGCUUUCAAAAGAGCUAUGCCUUGGCUCGGAGAUGAACUCGGCAUGAAGGAUGCGUCGAGUUCAAUCUUCCCUGGUUUGAGUUUAGUACAAUGGAUGAGCAUGCAGCAGAAUAAUAAUAAUAGUCAGUUUUCUUCUCAGUCAGCGCUUCUACCUCCAUCCAUGCUUUCGUCAAACACACUUCACGGUAACGGUAACCUUAACACCGAUGAUCCAUCCAAGAUAUUGAACUUUCAAUCCCCGGCUGCGCUCUCUGCUCCAAGUCUUCAAUUUAACAAACCUAAUAUACCAAACCAAGUCAAUCAAUUGCAACAGUCACCAACCCCGUGGUCUCAGCAGCAGCAACAGCAGCAGAAGAUGCAGUCAUUGUUGCAAACGCCGUUAAACCAACUGCAGCAACAGCAGCAGCAGAGGCAAAUGCAGCUGGCCGGACCGCAAAAUCUGCCACAAUCACAGCCACAACAGCCUCAACUAAAUCAACAUAAUACACAGCAGCCUCAACAACAGCAACAACAACAACAACCGAGUCAAAACGCAACUAUGAAUAACGGCACAGUUGGUUCUAACCAGAUUUCAAAUCAAUGUGUGCAGCAACAAGUAGCCUACUCUCAGCUUCAGCAACAGUUACUCUCGGGAAAUAUCUCAACGCAACAAAAUUUCCAGUCCGGUGGCAAGAAUGGAUUGAUAAUGACAUCCUUACCACAAGACUCGCAGUUUCAGCAACAGAUAGACCCGCAACAAGCAAGUCUCUUUCAGCGGCAGCAGCAGCAACAAACUCAAUUGCAACAAUCUUCAUUACAGUUAUUGCAACAAAGCAUGUUACAAAGGGCACCACAACAAUCGCAAGUAUCUCAAAUUUUGCCGCAAAACAUCUCGGACCAACAAUCACAGAUGCAGCUGCUACAGAAGUUGCAACAGCAACAACAGCAGCAGCAACCUCUUUCGACGUCUUCCCCGCUUUUGCAGUCUCAGCUUAUGCAGCAACAGAAUACUCACCAGCAAUUGCCGCAGCUGCCUAUGUCUCAGCAUCAACCUCAACAGCUUGGCAACAACGCGUUCUCCAUGGAGAAGCUUCUCAACAACAAUUACUCUUCUUCACCUCUCAUGCAUUCGCAGCAGCUUCCUGCAAACCAUCCCCAGAAUACACAAAAGUCACCAACGAAUACCAGACCUCCCUCCGCUUUUACAGAUGGAGACGCCCCGUCAUGCUCCACUUCGCCGUCUACUAAUAACUGUCAGACGUCGCCUCCAAACCCCCUGAAAAGAAAUCAACCAGACACAUUUGGAGGGCCUUCAUUAGUUGAAACCACCAACACUAUGAUGCAGGAGCUUCAGAGUAAGCCUGACAUGCAGAAUAAACACGAAUUACACGGUGUAAAAGGACCUGACAAGCAAAAGCACAAAGGGGCAAUCAAUGAUCAGAUGGAAGCUUCUUCCGGAACAUCGUACAAUAUUGAUCCCGUUAACAUCCACCAGAACUUUCCACUUUCCAACUUCUACAUGGAUGGUGGUGAUGUCCAUUCACAACAACCUCGAAGUAAUUUACCAUUCGCCCCCAACCUUGAUGGAUUAACACCCGAUCCUUUGCUCUCAAGAGGUUACGAUUCUCAAAAAGAUCUUCAAAACUUGUUGUCUAAUUACGGCGGCGGUGCUCCAAGAGACAUUGAAACCGAGCUUUCAACCGCUGAUAUUAGUUCACAGUCGUUUGGGGUGCCGAACAUGUCCUUUAAGCCUGGAUGCUCAAAUGAUAUUGCCAUCGCCGAUACCGCGGUUUUGAACAAUGGCUUAUGGUCUAAUCAAACUCAACGAAUGCGAACAUAUACUAAGGUUCAAAAAUGUGGCUCGGUUGGAAGAUGUAUCGAUGUCACCCGAUACAAGGGAUACGAAGAACUCCGAAACGAUUUGGCUCGUAUGUUUGGGAUUGAAGGUCAGCUAGAAGAUCCUCUAAGAACUGACUGGAAACUAGUAUACGUGGAUCACGAAAACGACAUUCUUCUUGUAGGCGACGACCCUUGGGAAGAAUUUGUAAACUGUGUCCAAAGCAUAAAGAUACUAUCAUCGGUUGAAGUACAACAAAUGAGCUUGGAAGGAGACUUAGGUUAUAAUAUUCCAAUCACCAAUCAAGCCUGUAGUGGUUCAGAAAGUGGCAAUGCAUGGAGAGCGCAGUAUGAUGAUAACUCGGCAGCGUCGUUCAACCGAUGA